GGGGCUCCGCUGCGGAGCGCUGUCCCGGCGGCGCUGAGCCGCGCUCGGCUCCAUGGAGGCGGCCAACGGGGCUGUGCCCGACGGCGCGGCGGGGGGAAAGGGCGGCAGCGCGGCCGCGCCGUCGGGGAAAAAGGAGGUGAAGAUGGUGAUCGUGGGGGACGGCGGCUGCGGGAAGACGUCGCUGCUGAUGGUGUACGCGAAGGGCGCCUUCCCUGAGCAAUACGCACCGUCUGUGUUUGAGAAAUAUGCCACCAGCAUCACCAUCGGCAAAAAGGAGGUCAUCCUGAACUUGUACGACACUGCAGGGCAGGAGGACUAUGAUCGGCUGCGACCACUCUCCUACCAGAACACAAACGUCGUGUUAAUUUGUUACGAUGUCAUGAACCCCACCAGCUAUGAUAAUGUAGCAGAUAAGUGGUAUCCUGAAGUGAAUCACUUCUGCCAGGGUGUCCCACUGGUACUGAUCGGCUGCAAAACAGACCUUCGGAAAGACAAAGAGCAGUUGCGUAAGCUCAGAGCUUCUAAGCAGGAACCCAUUACAUACAACCAGGUUCAGGACAAGCAACAACCUUCUCUGUGGAGUCACCUGGGGUCUCACAUCUGGCAUCAUUACUGCCUCAGAACAGUAUGCACAGAACAGAUUCUCCCUCCAGCAGCUCAUCACAGGAAUGCUCACAGAAGAGGCAAAGCUCACCAGCCCAGACCUCCCUUUGUCGCCUAGUAGAGCCCUCCUGUUUCCUUUUUCUCCCUUUAAACAUACACUACCUCAGUCUUUUACAGCUGAGAGCAUUUCGAGUCUUGCAAUGCAGUGCUUCUGAUGCCAGGCACAGAGGAGCUGAACAGUAUCUGUCAGCACCACAGCUUGCAAACAACUGGAAGGAGACAAACUUCACUUAAAUAUGCUGAAGGAAAAUCCCCGUGUGUAGAAGUCUGAGUGCUCAAAUGACCCCAUUCCCAGCUUAUAAUGACUAAAUGCAGAGUUUGUGAGUUGUGGAUUGCAGAUCUGAAAUUCACACUCGAAGGCUCACAAGCACUCAAAACUGGGGGCUGACUCUGCAAUGGAAGGAUCGCAAGCAAAGUAAGAAGUAGCUGUGUUUUGUCUGUAGUAAUUUCACACAACCAUGAUUGCAUGCAAAUGUUUUAGAUUCUACUGUUUCCACUGCAUGCAUUUGGGUGAUGUCUGUAGGCACUCAUCUGCAUGUCCUAGGACUUCUUCUGAGCCUUUGUAACGCUUUGAAAUGGCAGUCAGGAUUCCUGCAUGUGCACCAACAAAACAAAGCAAGACAUUAGUCCAGACUGUACUGUGACAUGUGGCAUGCAGCACUGAGGCUUGCAAACUAAACAUGACAUUGCAUGUCAUACCUGAAAAAAGAUUCUCCUUGUAGAUAUCUUCACUUGAGUGUCUAUUAAAGAAAUGCUAUUUCUACAGUAUUAGAUCAACUUAGGGAAAAAAAAAAAACAGAACAGCAACAGUAAUUCAGUUUACAACCAACGCACUUACGCCAGCACUGUGCUCACAGGAGGCAGUUUCUUUUGGAAGAUGACCUCACGUUAUGAAGAUGUACAAAGUAAUUCCUUUUUGCUUCCAUCUCACCUUCCUUUUCUCCUCUCACGCAUCAGGUUUAUGCCUUUCCUUACCUGUUCU